AUGCCACCGCAUAUAGUGUUCGUCACAAUAACAAACGAGCUAUCACUCCCACUCAAGAUAUUCACCAAGCCCAAUUUCCAAACGCACACGCAUCAAGAAUCGCUCGCGAUAAACCAGAAAUCGCUAAUUACGCUAACUAAUCUCACAUCCGCGAAUCGACGACUCAACCGAGUUCAAAUCUCCAAUUUGACCCGGACGAUAUCGCCGCGCAUCAAGGAAAUCCUAUUUAAUGGCCCCUUACCUCAAAGUUCGCAACCUUUUGAGUUUCAGGUUGAACAGUACAGAGUCGUUGUGCCGAUUGAGGUUGUGUUCCAUGUGCGGUUCAAGUUGAAGUUGAUUGAGUAUGACGACGCUAGGAAAUAUUUGAGGGACUCUGGCGUCGAGAUGAUUUCUGCUGAUUGGAUUUUCGAGUUUCGAGAUACUCGAGAUGAUCAAGGUGAUGAUGAUGAAGAGGCUCUUGUUGAGGUUAAGCGGGAGGUAGGUGGUGGUGAGGAAGAGGAAGAAGAGGACGUGCUGUUUAGGUUGAAUGAGCAAGGUGAGGCUGUGCUUGCAUCCGGGGGUGGUAAAAGAGAUGAGAGUCUAGAAAAUGAGGAGUUGGAUCAGAAGAAAGCUGUUCGGAGCUAUAAAUUGAGUGGGUUGAAUGUGGUUGGCGAUUUUGCUAGUUGUAUUAGAGUAUACGUGAAUUAG